GAUCUGAUCCUGAGACUCAGGCUUGGGAAAGUAGAGCCCGGGGCGGCACGCCGGGCUGUAAAGAACGUUGGUCGUCUGCCUAAGCGUUCCCACCGAGCACUCUUGAGCACUUGGGUUGUGUGUCUUGAAAUAGCCGUGGGUCUAGCGACCAGGGAAGGAGGCCUGGAAAGAAGCAGCCGGUCGAGGGGCCGAGUGUGGGAAGCAGUAACGCCGCUUUGCCUUUUCCUAGCAGUGUCGUGCACCCCCUGUCACCCCGUUUUCUUGAAAGUCAAAGCACUUAAGCACGCCUGUUCUGUUAGAAGGUGUUAAAGACCUGAACAACGUUUGCUGAAGCCUUCUGCUGUGAAAUAGCAGAACUUUUGAACAGGUUUCUCUACAUAUAAAAAUCUUGUUUAAAACACUGAGAAGAAUGGCAGCAGAAACGCAGACAUUGAACUUUGGGCCUGAAUGGUUGCGUGCUCUGUCCAGUGGUGGGAGUAUUACAUCCCCUCCUCUUUCUCCAGCAUUGCCGAAGUAUAAAUUAGCAGAUUAUCGUUAUGGCAGAGAAGAAAUGUUAGCACUUUUCCUUAAAGACAACAAGAUACCUUCAGACCUUUUGGAUAAAGAAUUUCUGCCUAUCCUACAGGAGGAGCCCCUGCCGCCAUUGGCUCUAGUGCCCUUUACAGAAGAAGAACAGGCAGAGGUAGAGGUGAAUGUGGUUUCUACCAAAGAAGUUUUGAUGAAGUAGAGGGUGUGUUUGGUCGAGGAGGAGGCAGGGAAAUGCAUAGAUCACAGAGCUGGGAGGAAAGGGGUGACAGGCGCUUUGAAAAACCAGGACGGAAAGAUGUAGGAAGACCAAAUUUUGAGGAAAGUGGACCAUCAUCUGUGGGGAGAAAGCAUGAAUUUAUACGUUCAGAAAGUGAAAAUUGGCGCAUUUUUAGAGAGGAACAAAAUGGAGAAGAUGAAGAUGGAGGUUGGCGACUAGCUGGAUCAAGAAGGGAUGGAGAGAGGUGGCGGCCUCAUAGUCCUGAUGGCCCUCGUUCUACAGGCUGGCGGGAACACAUGGAACGCCGCAGAAGGUUUGAGUUUGAUUUUCGAGAUCGAGAUGAUGAGCGGGGUUACCGAAGGGUGCGCUCUGGCAGUGGGAGCAUAGAUGAUGACAGGGAUAGCUUGCCUGAAUGGUGUUUAGAGGAUGCUGAAGAAGAAAUGGGCACGUUUGACUCAUCUGGAGCAUUCCUCUCUCUAAAAAAAGUACAGAAAGAACCGAUUCCCGAAGAGCAGGAAAUGGACUUCAGGCCUGUAGAGGAAGGGGAAGUGUGUUCUGACUCUGAGGGUAGCCAUAAUGAAGAGGCCAAAGAACCUGAUAAGAAGGAAGGAGAGAAGACAGGUAGAGCCAGAGCUGAAGCUAGCCAGGAAGCACCUCAAACUUCAUCAUCAUCCGUUAGACCGGGUACUCCUUCAGACCAUCAGCCCCAGGAGGUUCCACAGUUUGAGAGGAAAGAUGAACCCAAAGCUGAGCAACUGGAAGAUGCCGAAGAGGAAAGUCGGACAGAAAACAGUCUGCCAGCCAAGGUCCCUAGCAGAGUGGAUGAAAUGGUGCCUGACCCCCAGCAGCCCUUGACGCAGCUCCCUCCAGACACAGCCUCUCCUCUUCUCAUCCUUCCACCUCCUGUUCCCAUUCCUAGUUCUGUCCUACGGCCAGUUGAGGCAACAGCCAUUGGUGCUCCUGGCAUGGGCAGUAGUUCCACAGAGCCAGAUGAUGAAGAGGGUCUCAAGCACUUGGAGCAGCAAGCUGAGAAGAUGGUGGCGUAUCUCCAAGAUAGUGCACUAGAUGAUGAAAGACUGGCAUCAAAACUGCGAGAGCACAGAGCUAAGGGAGUGUCAGGUCCACUGAUGCAUGAGGCCAUGCAGAAGUGGUACUACAAAGAUCCUCAGGGAGAAGUACAAGGUCCCUUCAAUAAUCAGGAGAUGGCAGAAUGGUUUCAGGCAGGCUAUUUUACUAUGUCUUUGCUGGUGAAGAGAGCAUGUGAUGAAAGCUUCCAGCCUCUUGGUGACAUCAUGAAAAUGUGGGGAAGGGUUCCUUUCUCUCCAGGCCCAGCUCCCCCUCCUCAUAUGGGAGAACUGGACCAGGAACGCCUGACUAGGCAACAGGAACUUACUGCCUUGUACCAGAUGCAGCACCUCCAGUACCAGCAGUUCUUAAUACAACAACAGUAUGCACAGGUUUUGGCUCAACAACAACAAAAGGCAGCGUUGUCAUCCCAGCAGCAGCAACAGUUGGCUCUUCUUCUCCAGCAGUUCCAGGCUCUGAAGAUGAGACUAUCUGAUCAGAACAUCAUUCCCUCAGUCACGAGGUCUGUGUCAGUGCCAGAUACUGGCUCUAUCUGGGAGCUUCAGCCAACAGCCUCACAGCCCACAGUUUGGGAAGGUGGUAGUGUUUGGGAUCUUCCCCUGGAUACUACAACACCAGGCCCUUCCCUGGAACAGCUUCAGCAGCUAGAGAAGGCCAAAGCUGCAAAGCUAGAGCAGGAGAGAAGAGAGGCAGAAAUGAGGGCAAAAAGGGAAGAGGAGGAACGAAAGAGGCAAGAAGAACUCCGGAGACAGCAAGAGGAAAUCCUUCGGAGGCAGCAGGAGGAAGAAAGAAAAAGGCGGGAGGAAGAAGAACUUGCCCGAAGGAAACAGGAAGAGGCUCUUCGACGUCAGAGGGAGCAAGAACUUGCGCUAAGGCGACAGCGAGAAGAGGAAGAAAGACAGCAACAAGAAGAAGCUCUCAGAAAAUUGGAGGAGAGGAGACGAGAAGAGGAAGAAAGGCGGAAACAGGAGGAAUUGUUACGCAAGCAGGAAGAGGAGGCUGCCAAAUGGGCCCGGGAAGAAGAAGAAGCCCAGCGUCGAUUAGAAGAGAACCGACUUCGAAUGGAAGAGGAGGCAGCCAGACUUCGGCAUGAGGAGGAGGAACGAAAGAGGAAAGAGCUGGAACUGCAGCGGCAGAAGGAGCUGAUGCGCCAGAGGCAACAGCAGCAAGAGGCCCUCCGAAGGCUGCAGCAGCAGCAGCAGCAACAACAGCUUGCACAAAUGAAGCUUCCCUCUUCUUCAACAUGGGGCCAGCAGUCUAAUACGACAACGUGUCAGUCCCAGGCCACACUGUCAUUGGCCGAAAUUCAAAAGCUGGAAGAAGAACGAGAACGGCAGCUUCGAGAAGAGCAGCGACGUCAGCAGAGGGAAUUGAUGAAAGCUCUCCAGCAGCAGCAGCAACAGCAGCAGCAGCAGAAACUCUCAGGGUGGGGGAAUGUCAGCAAACCUGCAGGUACCACGAAGUCUCUUCUGGAGAUCCAGCAGGAAGAGGCCAGGCAGAUGCAGAAACAGCAGCAGCAGCAGCAACAGCAGCACCAGCAAACAAACAGAGCCCGGAAUAACACACAUUCCAACCUGCACACCAGCAUUGGGAAUUCCGUUUGGGGCUCUAUAAAUACUGGUCCUCCUAACCAGUGGGCAUCUGACCUAGUCAGUAGUAUCUGGAGUAAUGCCGACACUAAAAACUCCAACAUGGGAUUCUGGGAUGAUGCAGUGAAAGAGGUGGGACCUAGGAAUUCAACAAAUAAAAAUAAAAACAACGCCAGUCUCAGUAAAUCUGUAGGUGUGUCUAACCGGCAGAAUAAGAAAGUAGAAGAAGAAGAAAAGUUGCUGAAGCUCUUUCAGGGAGUAAAUAAAGCCCAAGAUGGAUUUACCCAGUGGUGUGAACAGAUGCUUCAUGCCCUUAAUACGGCAAAUAACUUGGAUGUUCCCACAUUUGUUUCUUUCUUGAAAGAAGUAGAAUCUCCUUAUGAAGUCCAUGACUAUAUCAGGGCCUAUUUAGGAGAUACUUCUGAGGCCAAGGAGUUUGCCAAGCAGUUCCUUGAGCGCCGUGCCAAACAGAAAGCCAACCAGCAGAGACAGCAGCAGCAGCAGCAGCAGCAGCAGCAGCAGCAGCAGCAGCAGCAGCAGCAGGACUCUGUGUGGGGGAUGAACCACAGUACACUCCAUUCAGUAUUUCAGACCAAUCAAAGCAACAACCAACAAUCCAGUUUUGAGGCUGUGCAAAGUGGCAAGAAGAAGAAAAAGCAGAAGAUGGUUCGAGCAGAUCCCAGUUUAUUAGGGUUUUCAGUCAAUGCAUCGUCAGAGCGACUCAACAUGGGCGAGAUCGAGACUCUGGAUGACUAUUGAGUACCUGCCGCUGUGCCAGCCUUCCCUCUCCUGCCUACCGACGACCGUGGCUCUCCUCCUUGGACACAACAUGCACUCACCACUUGCUCUAUCGCUCUGCAACAAAUCACAGAAUCAGUCAUCUCAGGCUUUUCUUCUAGCUCUUUGUGUCCAAGAUUCUUUUAAAUCACUGCUGUUGGCGAGCAUCUCGGACUGCACGUAGUGGACCAGACCCUUUAUCUUAGGGGUGCCAGUUGGGAUUGCUCCCCAACAGAGCUGACGUUGGCAGCACACGUUCACUGUGCAUUGAUACCAUCUGCUGUCUUCUGGAAGUGUGUUGGGAUCUGCCAAUAGCAACUUACUUUCUUUCUCUUGUCACUUUUUUGUUCUGUUUUGUUUUUUCUUUUCCCCACAACCCCCAAUAUGGGUAAGGGGUAACUGGUGCAGUCAUGAAGAGAGUUAAUGGUUAACAGCCAUGGCCAGUAGACAGCUCCCUGGAUCGUGACUCCAGUAUCGCCAGAUACAGUUAGAGUUCUCUGUCUGGAGAUUGCUUUGCCACUGCUAAUGCUCACUUCAGGAUUGCAUCAGAGGCCUGGGGUGGAGUAUAGGUGGCUCGGUUGGAGAUUGCACACCCUCAUUUGUUCUUUUGGAAUGUCCUUUCAGAGAAAGGAUUUAUGUUUUCUUCAUUGGAUAGUGACUUCUCCCCUGGCAUACCUUAUUGGACAAAGGAAACCCUAUGGCCUGGGAGAGGGACUUACUCUUAAUUUUCCUUUCGUACAAAAACUGAUUUUUUUUUUUUUUUUUGGCCCAUAAAUAUUUUUACUUCAAAAGACUAGGACCAGUUUGUUUUGGCCCCUUCUGUGAGAAUUUGUCUCGUUUAAGAGGCAGCUAGGAUCUUUACCAUAUGUAUGAAUUUGUAUAAUUUCAUCUUGGAUAGUGAUAAACUUUGCUUCCGAUAAAAGCUCAGAAUUUUAUUCUGGUUCCUCAGAGCAUUGUGUGCAUGUUUUGCUGUGGCCCUGAAAAGGUUUUGUGUAAAGAUUCUGGGACGGCAAGUUGCUUGCCUUUUCUGAAAAGAGUGUACAAAACCUGACCAUCUUUAUGACCUUUAUCCAUGGAAACCACUACGCAGGAGGACUCAGUGGGAUGGAAGGGAUGGGCAAGAAUGGGAGCGAGAAGCUGCUCUGGCUUCUGGUCACUGCCGCCUCCAACCCUUUCAUGCCAAGUAGAAAUGUACUCGAUCUCUAUUCAUAGACAAAUACUCUUCCUGCCUCCACCAAACGCCCAUAGAACAUCACCUGGAAUGGUCAUUCACACCUUGGAAGGAGCUGUGGGCCGGCUCUGCCUGUGCAAGAGGCGCUGUAGUGAAGCACCUUGCCUUUGUGUCAUCAACACCUGGAGAAGGCUGGAGUUUGCUCUGAGAGCAGUUUGGUUUUGGAGGAUUAUAUCUGGUUUCUAUUUUUAUUAUUUUGGAUCACCAUUCUCCCUAUCCCUCGUGCCUCCCUCCCUCCUAAACAUGUACAAUAACUAUACAGAGACUGCUACAAACUUGUAAAUAGUUUUUGGAUCAAAUAGCAUAAGGAGAUGGGGACUCCUGUUCUCCUUUGCGUUGUAAAUUCAACAGUGGGGGGUGGGGAAGAGGGAUAGUUAAAAUGUUUACAAAACUUUAAGCUCCCUCGGAACUUUUGCCAGUGUGGAGGAAAAUAAAAAGAACUUAAAUAAAA